AUGCCAACAAUGGGCAAGUUACCCGAUCCCAGCGCAACAGCGGCCUGCCGAUCUGACGAAAGAGCCACGCUACGACCGUUGAGAGGCCAUGUUACGCUAUUAUCAGCCAGAUUAAAAAAGGAGGGCUUAUCAGCAGCUGAGCAUCAUACGGAGAGCAGCGUAUGUGGUGUGAACCACCCGAUUGGCGGCCGUCGGCGACAUCAGUUCCUCGUAUGUAUUCAUUUGAGAGAUGCACUCAUAAGCUGGAUUAGAGGACGACAACGGCCUGCCGAGUCUUACACAUAUGUCCACAAAGGAGUUCCCUUCCAAGUGUCGGCCAUAUUGGCAAACGCUGCGCAUUAUCGUGUCAUGUGA